AUGAUACUAGCUUAUGGAUGUUUAACAACUGAUAAUUUCAAAACUUCUAUUCCAAAUAACUGUGCACAGUAAGAAGCAAUAAAUAAUUUUCUUGAUGCAGAUUACAGUGAGUUUUAUAUAAAAUUACGUACUGAACAGUACAAUAUUACUUCAUAGCAAUAUUAAGUAAAUUUCAAGCAUUCGGUGAUAUUUACGGAAUCUAACUCUUUUUAGAUAGCAACUUUCAAAACAUAAGAAUAAAAUACAAAAGUGAAAUAAGGUUUCAUUAUUUAAACUGAAGAGGAAUAUUCAGCACCUUUUUAAUAUAAUGCUUAUACUUAGUAAUUUAAUAAUAAUAAUAACUCUCCUUAUAUUCAAAUAAAUAUGAGUAUGGAUGAUGUUAUUUAAAUAGUUUAAAUUUAAUUUCCAACUUUUCCAGAAGUAUUGGCUUUAGUAAAUAGUUUAUUUUCUAUCCUUAUGAUGAUUGGAUAUUUUUGUAGGAAAUCUUCUUAAAGUUUAAUACAAAAGGAUUUUUUUACAUUGUUCAUGCAGAAUUUGCAUCAAGAUACUUAUGAAUAAAUAUUAAAAGAUAAAAGACUUUUAGAUUAUCAAUAAACUAUAUAUCCAUAGAUUUUAAAUGAUUAAAGUGGAUAAUAACAACUUAUAGAACCUGAAAGACUAGAUUAAACGAGUAUUCCAUAAUUUGAUUCUAAGUCAAUUGAAUUUUUAAAUUAAACCAAGUUAUCUAAAAAGAAAAGCGAGGCAAUUUAAAAAGAUUAGAUCUAAUAAUUAUCAUUUCAAAAAGAAUAAAACUAAAAUAUGAUCUUCCCAAUUAUGAAAAAUAAUAACUUUUUAUGUUUAAAUGAUAAUAAAUCUUUAAUUGAAAAUAAAUAACAAUAUUUUCCUGAAUUAAAAAUGAUAUAACAAAUAAACGAAUAGCAGUAAGAAAAUGAAUAAAUUGUAGAUUUAACUUAAGUUUUUAAAGAGAAAAAUCAAAUUGAAAAUAAAUAAAAUUAUAAUUAAAGAAAAGAUCAAUAAAAAUAAUAAUAAUAGGUUUAAUACUCAGACUAAAAUUUAUUAAAAGAUAAUUUUUUAAAGCAUGUUAUUAUUUUUAAUCAACCGAAAUAAUCCAAAAAAUAAGAUAAAAUUAAUGAAAUAUAACAAACUUAAGAAAUUCCUUUAUUACAUGAUUAUUUUGUAAAAAAAUUAUAAGCCAUUUAAAAUUCAAAUACAUUAAACUAAGUUAAAGAAAUACUAUUUUAAAGAAAAAGAACUAAAAGUUUAUGGAUGAGCAUCAAGAAAUUAUUCUAAAAAAAUAAGACAAAUAAUUAAGUUGAUUUUGCAUAGAUAGUAAAAGAAGAAAUAGGGUAACAAGUUAUAAAAAGUUUAGAGAUAUAAGAGUUAUUCAAGGAUAUUAUCUUUUUAAAAAAAUCUAUCUUGCUAUUGCUUGAUCGAGAACAAGUUUCAGCAAUAAAAUUAGUAGGAUUUUCUCCAUUAAACUAAAAAUCGUAUAAGAACUACUUCGAAGAACAACUUAAUAUUCUAUAAUCUGAAAACUUAUAAGCUGAAUUAAUCUAAAAAUAUUUUUAGAGAUUUAAUAACAGAUAAUAUUUAACUGAUUUAGAUAAAAGAAUAUACUCCUGUAUAACAAAAAUGCAAAUAAUUUGA